AUGGGUGCCUCUAGUUCGAAGAGCAAGAAAAACACCGCGGGCAACAAGAAAAAUUUGACUUCAGGAAACAAACUCUCUGUGCUUAUCGUAGACGAUGAUCCUAUAAUUCAAAAAAUCCACAAGGCUCUUCUGAACAAGUUUGGACUAGAAACCCAUGUAGUGGAAAAUGGUAAAGAAGCUGUUGAUUUAUGUCGUUCUGGAGCAUGUUUCGAUCUAAUCCUCAUGGACAUGGAAAUGCCAAUCAUGGAUGGACCAAAGGCAACACGAGAGCUUCGCGCCAUGGAAGUUAACAGUAUGAUUGUUGGAGUGACUUCUCGUGGUCUCGACUCGGAGAAGCAAGCAUUCAUGGCAGCAGGGCUUGAUGAUUGCCAUGAGAAGCCACUCACUGCAGAUGCAGUAACCUCACUCGUUCAAGAGCUGGUCAAGAACCAGUAG